CACAGAGAUUUUAUAGUAGAGGGAACUCCAUAUGCUGGUUUUGAUAGACACAAUGGAGAGAUUGCUGCAUUUCAUUUGGAUAGAAUUUUAGGUUUCUACCGGGCACCACCAGUUGUUGGAAGAAAAAUAAACUUAGAAGAUGAAAUAGAACCAAUUGGAGACAAGAGGCUUCUGGACACAUUCUUUAAGAAAGAUGGAAAUACUUGCUUCUAUGGCCAAUGCUACUAUUGUAACAAAAAGGAUGCUGCCUGUGCCAAUGGUACAAUCAUGGAAGGCUCAGUAACACUGUGGCUACCAAAAGGAUGGAAUCUUGGAAAGUGGGCACAUCCUUGGAUAAGAGCAUACAGUGGCACCAGAAAGGCUCUAUGGGAGACUGACAAUAACUACUGUAAGAACAAGGUAUUGAACAAGCCUCCAUAUAAUUUUGGUCCUCGCUUGUUAGAUCUCUUGGACACAGCACUGUUUGACUUCCUAAUCGGCAAUGCAGACAGGCAUCACUACGAAACCUUUAAAGACGAGGGAGACACUGGAAUGCCACUGCAUCUGGAUAAUGCUAAGAGCUUCGGCGAUCCUUAUCGCGAUGAAAUGUCCAUCUUAGCUCCUAUCUAUCAAUGUUGCAGAAUUCGCCUUUCCACUUGGAACCGCUUUCAAUCUAUCGCCAGAGGGAAGAUGUCUCUAAGUGAACUUUUACGGAAAGCCACCGAGAAUGAUCCUGUGUCACCGGUACUUUCCGAUCCACACUUCAAAGCCAUCGACAGAAGAUUGAAAAUUAUUGUUAACACAGUAAAUAAGUGUCUUGAAGAUCAUGGAGAGGAAAGAGUUUUAAUUAUCGAAGAUAUGGUUUAAAAUUUCAUCUCAAAGCAGUAUUUAUUUGGAAUAUGUCGACCUUAAUUAGAAAAUAUAUGUUAGGUCAGUCUAUAAAUGUACUUUCGUGGAUAUUUUUGGAAAGGGGGUUUUCACGUUCUACUCAAGAGUACAUGAUAUGUUUUAUGUUAUACUGUAAGAAUGUUUCGAAGAAGUUCACGUUUCAUCUAUAAAUCCCAUGAUCCGAAUAAGAACUCUCCGCUCAGCUGCUUCAUAUUAUUUUAUGGACUAUACGCCCUUUUAGCUGAUUCGUUUUUCUAUUCUCAUUACCUGCGGGCUGGAUACGUACUAAAACUGUGAGGAGAAGUUAAGCUUUAAUUAAUUGCAGAAGAUGAAUGUUUGUUGCACAGGUUCUCUUCGUAUGCCUGGGAACUAGGCUGGCUUUUACUCGGCUAACAAGCUUGUUCCAGGCGUUCAGUCAGUAAAAUGGAGCGAAACAGUAAGCGGCGCGAUAAAAAAAAGCGAGGGAGGCCUGGGUCUCGUCGACCCAAGCCUCCCUCAUUUUUUCGCUCCUCCGCUCCUUCUCCCCACGCUUACUAUCACGCUUCGUUUAACUACUAGAACGCUUGCAACAGGCUAUCGGCUAACCAGUCGCUCUAACGGAGGGCUAAGGCUCGAAACGUCAUCUCUGGAAUUUCUCUGCCGUAGCCAAUUUACAUUCACCCGAGUUGAUGAAGCGAAAUUAUUUUUACCUCUCAAAAC